GGGAGCAAAGGGCAGCAGGACCGCAUCCCUGCCUAACCACCACCUCCCCAGAGAGGUUUGGAGAGCAAAGGCACCACAGCCGUGAGGAGGAGGAGGGCAAGCCCAGGCUGAAGGAGCUCCCCAGCCCGGCUCUGCCCACUGGCAAUGGCAGCCACCACAGUGACCGACUCCGGGGGUGUGAGGAUCAUCACGGAGGUCAUCCCAUCCACAGAUCCCCGUGCAGCCCAGCUUUCCUCUGGCUCCAGACCGCUGGCAUCUGCCAUCUCGUCGUUUCAAGUCAGAGGCUUCAGAAAGGCGCAGCCCAAGGUGCUGGGGACCAUCCAUAUCUUCACUGGGAUCAUCCACAUCUGCUUCGGGAUCAUCCUGACGAUGUCAGAGCAUGGGAACCCUUCCAUUCCUGUGGCCAGUGGGAUCUUCUUCUGGCUCGGGCUCCUGCUCCUGGUCUCGGGUUCUCUGCUGGUGGAAAGUGAAAAGAGAGACAAUAUCUUGCUGGUGAAGACUUGCUGCAUUGUCAACAUGGGAGUCAUCCUGAGCACACUGGUGGCCACCCUUCUCCACACCACAGCCAUCACUCACAACAUCCCCGGCUGCCAGGCCAACGUGCUCUACCAGCUGAGACCCGAGUGGUGCUUCAGCCCAGAGAACAAGAUGAUGAGCAACGGGCUGGAUUCCAUCUUUGUCAUCUUCAGCUUCCUGGAGUUCUGCGUGGCCGUGGUGGCCUUGGCUUUUGGCUACAACGCCAUCAAGCAGCACAACUACACUCGCAUGGUGCUGUAGCCAGGACCAAGCUUGCGACCAUCCCUGUUCAGAACACCGACAUACCCCAGUCUGUGCUGGAACCCAGAAGAGGUCUUGGUGCCCAACUGUGGAGCCUGAGCACCACAGUGCAGGUGUCUCUGUCUCAGCCUGGCCCCAGGAUGGUGGCCACUGGCCCCAAUAAAGUCCUCAGC